UUCACUAUUAUAGUUUAUAAACCCCUUUUCACGGCAGAUAUAUACAAUCUAAUCGUGAUUACGAGUCGACAAAAAUGGAGGUGUUAUUUCCCAAUACAGCAAUAAUAUUAUUCUGGUUUCUGACACUGAUACUUGCUGUGAUUCCAUUGAAUCUACUGAACAAGUUAUUGCUUAAGCCAAAGAAGCUUGAAAAAUUUCUCAUAGCUCAAGGUCUUCGAGGUGAUCCAUAUAAGAUUUCAUUCUUUGACAACUCCAAGCAAAUUUAUAUAAUGAAGUUGGAACAAGAACGAAAAUCUAAAUCGAUUGGUUUCUCUAAAGAAGCUGCACCGUCUAUCUUCUCACAAGUCCAUCAAGCUGUACACAACUAUGGAAAGAAUUCCUUUUUAUGGGAAGGUACAACACUAAAGGUUGUCAUCACAGACCCUGAGCAAAUUAAGGAAGUUUUUAACAAGAUUGAUGACUUCUCCAAACCAAAAUUAACUUCCAUCGCCAAGUACUUGAGCGUCGGUCUUAUACAUUAUGAUGGUGAGAAAUGGGCUAAACAUCGAAAGAUCAUCAAUCCGGCAUUCCACUUAGAAAAAUUGAAAGGUAUGCUACCUGCAUUUUCUCAAAGUUGCAAUGAAAUGAUAAGCGAAUGGAAGGGAAUGUUGUCGUUGGAUGGAACGUGCGAGAUCGAUGUUUGGCCUUUCCUUCAGAAUUUGACCUGUGAUGUGAUUUCUCGAACAGCAUUCGGAAGCAGUUAUGCGGAAGGAACGAAAAUAUUUGAACUUCUGAAGAGGCAGGGAAAUCUUUUGAUGACAGAGCGAUACACAAAUAUUCCAUUGUGGUGGCUUCUACCAACAACUACCAAGAGGAGGAUGAAGGAAAUUGAGAGAGAUAUACGCGAUUCACUUGAAGGAAUAAUUAAAAAACGAGAACAAGUUUUAAAGAAUAGUGAAACUGCGAACGGUGAUUUAUUAGGCAUACUUUUGCAAUCAAAUCAUGCUGAAAAUCAAGGAUAUGGAAACAAUAAGAGUUUUGGAAUGACCACUCAAGAAUUGAUAGAUGAAUGCAAAUUGUUUUACCUGGCGGGGCAAGAGACCACUUCAGUUUUGCUUGUUUGGACAAUAGUGUUAUUAGGCAGGUACCCUGAUUGGCAAGCACGUGCAAGGGAAGAAGUUUUUCAAGUUUUUGGGAACCAAAAUCCAAACUUCGAACGAUUAAGUCAGCUUAAAAUUGUAACUAUGAUUUUAUAUGAGGUACUGAGGUUAUAUCCUUCUCUAAUUUUCUUCAACCGAACUCUUCGAAGGGAUUUCAAACUUGGAAACCUUUUACUACCUGCACAGACACAAGUUUCUUUGCCUAUACUUUUGAUUCACCAAGAUCAUGAUUUAUGGGGUGAAGAUGCAAAGGAGUUCAAACCUGAAAGGUUUGCUGAAGGAAUUGCAAAGGCAACAAAAGGUAAAGUUUCUUAUUUUCCUUUUGGAUGGGGUCCUAGAAUUUGUAUAGGACAAAACUUUGCCUUAUUAGAAGCAAAAGUAGUUAUCUCUUUGCUUCUACAGAAUUUCUCAUUUGAGCUUUCCCCUACGUAUGAACAUGUUCCUACCACAAUUCUUACUUUGCAACCAAAAAAUGGGGCAAACAUCAUUUUGCAUAGAUUGUAAAUAUCAAUCAUAUCUAGCAUAAGUACUUUGUUUUAGUAUAUGGCAUUGUAUUUAUUAUGUUAGCAUUGGAGUGCCUUUAAUCUUUUUUGUAAUUUUUUCUUUGAAUUUCCUCGGAUAUGCAAGAUAGCUUUGGUAUUAA